UUUUCUCAUUUAUCUUUUCUCUUCCAGAAGAUUAUAAAUUUUGGUACAAGCGGGAAAUGUGAGCAUAGUUUCGAACGAUGGGAACCAGGCUUUGCUGCUUCCAUUCCCCAAAAUCAACCACCAAAAGAAAUGAUGGCAAGGGUGGUGUAGGUGGUACUUUAUACUCUUCACCAAAGAACUUGCGCGUUUUUUCCUUAAAUGAAUUGAGGUCAGCAACAAGGAAUUUCCAUCCCACAAACAAAAUAGGUCGUGGAGGCUUCGGUGUUGUUUAUAAGGGAAUAUUGAGGGACAGAAGUUUUGUCGCAAUAAAGUCUUUGUCCACUGAAUCUAAGCAAGGAACCAAUGAGUUUCUGACUGAGAUUGAUAUGGUGUCUAAUGUUAGACAUCCUAAUCUUGUUCGACUGAUUGGAUGUUGUGUUGAAGAUAAUAAUCGGAUGUUGGUGUAUGAGUAUCUGGAGAAUAACAGCCUAGCAAAUGCUUUGCUUGGCACCAAGAAUAAUUCCAUCUCAUUGGACUGGUCCAAAAGGGCUGCUAUUUGUCUUGGUACAGCCCAUGGUCUUUCGUUCCUUCAUGAAGAAGCUGAGCCACAUAUUGUCCAUCGAGAUAUCAAGGCUAGUAACAUUUUACUUGACGAAGACCUAGUCCCAAAAAUAGGAGAUUUCGGUCUUGCGAAGCUUUUCCCUGAUAAUGUCACUCACAUCAGCACGCGAGUUGCUGGAACCAUGGGUUACUUGGCACCCGAGUAUGCUUUAUUAGGGCAAUUAACAAAAAAAGCAGAUAUUUACAGCUUUGGAGUUCUGAUACUUGAAGUCAUUAGUGGGAGGAGCAGCAGCAAGUCGGUUUGGGGGCAUGAUAUGAAGGAUCUUUUGGAAUGGGUCUGGAAAAUGCGGGUUGAAGAUAAGCUGUUGGAUAUUGUGGACCCAAAGCUAGAGGGAUAUCCAGAAGAGGAGGUCUUGAGAUUCGUUAAGGUUGCACUUUGUUGUACCCAAGCAGCAUCACACCAGAGACCCUCGAUGAAACAGGUCAUAAUAUCUGUUUGCUGUUGUUGUGGAUGAUGACGAUUGCGGUUUUGGGGGGAGAAGAUGAGAACAAGUGAGCAGCAGCAGCAGUAGAAGAAAUAAGAGUGUGUUGUUAAGGUGCUUAUUCUGUUGUUUGGCCCAGGCGGUCUGCCCGGACAUAAAAUCCAUGACAAGAAUGUUGGUGGUUGAAGCCCAAACUUGGAUAGCUGUUGGGCCUGCGGCCUUUUGUCAUGCAACAAUCGAUCCUGACCUUACAUCUGUCAAAAUGAAGGGCGGAUGAAAGUGGUAUUUUGGUUAUGCACACGCCAUGGCUUCUUUGCACGUGCAAUGCACGUAGUUAAAUAUCAUGAUUAAUUAUUUUUGGUUUA